AGGCUCGCUUUGAUUUGCUUUAACAGGAUCCGGACGUUUUGCAAAAUGUUAUGGCAUUUAUGGAAAAAAUUAAUUUCCAGGGGAGCUCAAACCCCGCCUGUAACAAGGCACAGUUUUACUGGGCGGACACGUAUAGCACUGGACCUUGGGAGUUUUCCGUAACUGGGUCGCUGCAGGCAAGCGGUGGUGGGAAGUUACAAUAAACAGCCCCAGGAGAAGGAGGAGGCAGCCGGGUUCAAAGAAAAAGAGAGAGGGAGGGGUGUGAGCUUCAGUCUUUGCAGCUUGCAACUCUCUCAAACUGAGAGCUGCAGCGCCGAGAUCGAGGGAGGGGAUCGAGUUGGUGGGGAGAUGGGAGAAGACGGAGUGCAAACGGAGAAAAGCAGCGGGCAGGCCGUGCAGGGAACCCCGGAGGCUAGCCCGAGUGUAGAAUCCAGCUCUUCCCCCAGCCCGGCUCCGGCAGGAGGCUCGCUGCUGGAUGGCUCGCAGGUCAACGCGAUCACGGUGCUGGCUCUGCUCGACAAGCUGGUGAACAUGCUGGACACGGUGCAGGACAACCAGAGGAAGAUGGAGCAUCGUCAGAUCGGGGUGGAGAGCUCGGUCAGGGGCAUCCAGAGCGACAUCACCAAACUUUCCAAGAGUCACAGCACGACCAGCAACACCGUCAACAAGCUGCUGGACAAGUCGAGGAAAGUCAGCAGCAAUGUGCAGGAGAUGCGGGAGCGCCUGGACAAGCAGGCGGUGCAGGUCAAGAAGUUAGAGAGCAACCAGGCGCAGCUCCUGAAGAAGAAUAACUUCAGAGUGCUGAUCUUCCAGGAGGAAACAGAGAUUCCAGCCAAAGUUUUUGCUGAGAAGCCAAAAGAAGAUGUGGCAGAAGAAGCAGAAGGACGUGUGGAUGAGAACAAACCAGUGGAAGGUAGCCUUCCUUCACUGGAACUAUCCUCAGAUGAAGACAUCCAUGAAGAUGAAGAUAAUGGUGGUGAAAGAUCCGAGAAGUUGGAAAAGUCCAGGGCUGCAAAAAUCAAGCGAUCAAGCAUGAAGAAAGUUGACAGCAUCAAGAAAGCAUUUUCCCGUGAAAACAUUGAGAAAAGGAUGAAUAAGUUUGGCACAAAGAUUGUGUCUCCAGAAAGACGAGAGAAGAUUAAGAAGUCGCUCACCCCCAAUCAACAGAAACCGCAGUCAGCUAAGUCCUCCAGUUUCAAAGUAACCCCCAUGACAUUUAAGGUGAAAAAGGUAAGGAAUGGGGAGACUCCUCCACAGAGCCCCAGUGACACAGUCAAUACCAUGGAAACUGAUCCAGGUUCUCCUGAAGACAGCGAGUUCCCUGAAGUGCACUUGGGCCCUAAUGUUUUAGCAUCUGAAGAGGUUAAUGAGAUGAUGGAGAAUGCAGAAGAUGAAAUGAAAGAGGCAGAACUGGCGAUGGGAAGUAGUAACAAUCGGGGCAUUGUGAUGAAGGCAGAUAGCACAGAGGAGGCUGGUAUUCUUCUGGAGACUCUCCCUGAAGACCAGUCAGAAGGCAAAGUAAGACACAUAGGCCCAAACAUAGAGUUGCACAUUGAGGAACCAGACGAGCCCGCUGUUUUGCAGAUAAAGCAAACUGCCUAAACCCCUGGGAAAUGGAUCAAUAAUCCUCAAUUUCUACACAAAAAUCAUGCUUAUAGUUAUUAUUAGCUACUGUAACUCAAUGGGAAGUGACAGGUUAGGUUAGAGAGACUGAAGCAUGUUGUGUGAGGGAAAAAUGAAAGAGAAGAGAUAAAUGAGUAAUGGUCAAAGAUAUGAAAAAUGGUACUGGGCUGUGUUUAUUAAAUUGUGUACUUGGUGAGGAAGCAGAAAUGGCUUUGAAACGCUGGACAAAGUUUGUGUUACAUGGUUUUUAUACAUAGGGCAGUGAAAGUUGUAGAACAAACACCAAGACAAUGUACAUCAAAAUCUAUCUGUUUCAAACAUAAAAAUGCUCUAUUUUGAUUCAUAGCUGCCGACUAUUUUGUUAUAUACCUGUUUUGGGAAAAAAAAUAAAGAAUUGUGCAUAAAACUGGUUAACUCAAACUUUAACUAAAAAGGAAGUAGUAUUGUAUUUUUACUCCCGUUGUAAAUGUAGGCAGUUCAACUACUCUGGUGUCAUUUCAUGGCCUGUGAAAUGUGGAUGAAUUCCAUUUUCUUUCAAACUUUACUGCUGAUUUGAGUAAAGCUUUCCUGAGAUAUAUUGCCACAAUAAUUAUACAAUCUAAUUAUCUCCAUGUGUAAUAUAUUACUUUGUGAACAUUCUUGUUUUCCUGUUUGCUACUAAACAAAAUUAAAGCUUAAAGUGUUUUAUAAUCAUAAUUAAAUGUGCAAAUAAAGGUGAAUUAAAAGUG